GUCUGCUAUUUUCCAACGAAAAUUCUCAAAUUUCUUUUAUUCCUCUCGUCUUUUUGAAUGAAAAACAACUAUUUAAAGUCUACUAUUUAAAAAGACGCAAUUAAAAAUAGAUUUUAUCAAUACAGAUAAGUGUUGGUAAUCGUAAUUUUAAAAUCACGUAUAGAGUAAUCCCACCCUCUCUUCAACUUUGAUGACGUUUUAUGAAGUAUGAAUCAGCUGACAAAAACUGCGGAUUAAAAGUUAAACUGAACGACGUUUUAAAGAAUUUCUUAAUUCUUAUAAAUAUUCAAGACAUUCAAGAUGUCUUUAAAUACUGCACAUGCUAAUGGGGGAGUGCUUAUCCAUUCAGGAGAGUGCAUUUUACUCUUUUGCGAUAAUGUUUCAAUGGAAUUUCAUGGACAGGAACAACCGGAAUUUCUUGGACGAAAACAUGGACGACUUUACUUGACAACACAUCGAAUGAUUUUUAAUGCCAAAGAUCAGAAGGAAAAAAUGCAAUCGUUCAGUUUUCCAUUUAUCACAUUAUCUGAAGUUGAACUUGAGCAGCCAGUUUUUGGAUCAAAUUACAUUAAAGGAAAAUGCCGAUCACAAGCCAAUGGAAAUUGGAUUGGCGAAUGCAAAUUUAAACUUUAUUUCAAAAGUGGCGGAGCAAUUGAAUUCGGACAAGCUAUGCUGAGAGCUGCUUCAAUAGCUCAACGUAAUGGACCUCAAUCUGAUGCUCCACCUCCAUAUGAGGCACCAACUUCAAAUUGGUACGCUGCUCCUCCACCAGCUUAUCAAGCUGCGCCAACUGGAUAUUAUGGUUGGUCACCACCAACCAACGUUUUUCCAGAUGCUCCGCCAGCAAACAGCGUUUAUAUGACAGACAUGCCACCACCGUAUCCAGGAAUAAAUGCCCAAUAUCAAGGCUACGCGAGCGGAGGAAAUCCCCAGCAACAUGGAGCUUGGGGACAACAACCAGGUUGGACACCGCAACAUCAAAAUGGACAACCUGCUUGGUCUAAUCCAAAUUACAAUAAUCAACAGCCUCCUCAAGCAGAUGCAAAGGCUGCUGAAGCUGCGCAAAGUGCCUAUUACGAUCCUAAUAAACCUCAAUGCGCUUAUGUACCGCCUCCAGCAUAUUAUGAAAGUCCUCCCAGUUUUCAGCAAGCGUCAGCAAAGAAAGACCAAUGAAUUUGUAAGCGUUUCGAAAAAAAUGGAGAAGAAUUACUAAAAAGAAAUAAAAAAGAAGAAAGUCGAUUUAACUAUUUGUUUAAAUUCUCGUAUUAGAUUUUCAAAUGGGCUAGAUAAUAACUUGUUUAUUUAUUUUUUACGACCACUUCACUUUUUACUAAACAUUCCACGAUAGUUUUAAAAAAAAAAGAUAUUUCUCUUUUAUUGCAAAUUUCGCAACAAUUAAAUAUUAGUUCACAAUUUAUAUUUUACCAUUCAAGUUUAAAAACUAAAAAAAUGUUUGUGCAUUAAAGAAUUAAGUUGAAAUUACGAAUAUAAAUUUGUUUUAAGUAAUUUAGUUCUUGCUCAUUUUAUACAAUUCUACAAUUCUAAGUGUUUUAGAGUUAAGUAUGUAUGUGAUAUGUUAGCGCAUUUCGUUUGGUACUAAAUAUAUGUAUAACAAUAUAA